UCUAUCUCUACUCUCCUCUCUCUCUCUCUCCCCCUCUCUCUCUCAAAUUUUGUUCAUAUCAAAGAAACUGUCCCUACUAUCUCAUUAAUCACACUCAAGCAUGGCUGAGGAAGCUUCAAAAACACCCACAACUCAAGAGGAAGUGGUGGUUACUACCAAUGUCGCACUUGCUGAUACAACAACAGACACAGGUGUGGCGAAAGACACAGAAGAAGAGGCUUCACCAGAGAAGAAGAAGCUCGUUGAGGAAGAGAAAGCUCCUGAGACCGUGGUAUCCAAAUCCAGUGGCGAUGACAACAACAUUCCCGAAUCGGGUUCCUUCAAGGAAGAAAGCACAAGAGUUUCUGACCUACCAGACACUGAGAAAAAGGCACUGCAAGAGCUCAAACACCUUAUCCAAGAAGCACUCAACAACCACGAGUUAAACCCACCCAAGGAAGAAAAAACACAAGACAACGUUGACAACAAGGAAAAAAGCGUUGAGGAGGGGAAGGAACAUGUUUCAGAACAUGCUGCUGCUGAUGUGGCACCACCACCACCAUCAGAGCAAGACCAAACUACAAACAAAGAAGAAGUAGAAGAAGAAGGAGAAGGAAAAAAAAAAGAACCAGUAGCAGAAACACCAGAAGUGAAAAAUACUCAGGUGGUUGAAAACAAAGCCGGUGCUUCUACUGUUGAUGAUGAUGGAACAAAAACCGUUGAAGCCAUUGAAGAGACCGUUGUGGCUGUUGCUGUGUCUUCUUCACCUUCAGUGGAACCAGAAGGAGCCAAGGUGGAAAAGGAGGAAGCUUCAGUGAUGGCAUUGGUACCUGAAGAGGUUUCCAUUUGGGGGGUGCCACUUCUGGCAGAUGAGAGGAGCGAUGUGAUUCUCUUGAAGUUUCUGCGUGCGAGGGACUUCAAGGUGAAGGAGGCAUUCGCCAUGAUCAAGAACACGAUUCGGUGGAGGAAGGAGUUUAUGAUUGAGGAGUUGUUGGAGGAGAGUUUUGGUGAUGAUCUUGAGAAGGCGGUGUUCAUGCAUGGCUUCGAUAAGGAAGGACACCCUGUGUGUUAUAACAUAUAUGGGGAGUUUCAGAACAAGGAGCUUUAUAAGAAGACCUUUUCUGAUGAGGAGAAGAGGCACAAGUUCCUCAGGUGGAGAAUUCAGUUCCUUGAGAAGAGUAUUAGGAAGUUGGAUUUCAAUCCUGGUGGCAUAAGCACCAUUGUUCAGGUUAAUGAUCUCAAGAAUUCUCCUGGACCUGGCAAGUGGGAGCUUAGACAAGCAACCAAACAGGCCCUACAUUUGCUUCAGGAUAACUAUCCUGAGUUUGUAGCCAAACAGGUGUUUAUCAAUGUGCCAUGGUGGUACUUGGCAGUGAACAGGAUGAUAAGCCCUUUUCUUACUCAGAGAACCAAAAGCAAGUUUGUCUUUGCUGGGCCUUCCAAAUCAGCUGAGACCCUUCUAAGAUACAUAGCUGCAGAGCAACUUCCGGUCAAAUAUGGUGGACUGAGCAAAGAUGGGGAGUUCAGAAUUUCCGAUGCUGUCACUGAAAUUACAGUGAGGCCAGCAGCAAAACACACCGUGGAAUUUCCAGUUACUGAGAACUGCUUACUUUCUUGGGAGCUCAGAGUAAUAGGGUGGGAAGUAAGUUAUGGUGCUGAGUUUAUACCAAGUUCUGAGGGGAGCUAUACUGUGAUCAUCCAGAAGGCUAGAAAAGUUGCUUCAUCAGAAGAACCCGUUCUUUGCAACAACUAUAAAAUUGGUGAACCUGGUAAAGUGGUUCUCACAAUUGAAAAUCAAAGCUCUAAGAAGAAGAAGCUCUUGUACCGGUUGAAGGUCAAGCCUUCUUCUGACUGAGAAUCACAUCAUUGUUAUAUGCAUUGGAGAAGGAGAUGAGCAGUUUGCAUUCAGUUCCACCACCCAAGAUGUUCAACUUCAAAGAUGGACAUUGCUGCUAUUCAUAUGAAUAGGAAAGUUUCAAUGUUAAUCAUGAUAAUGUGUUCAAUCAUGCAUGCUUUAUAUGAGCCUUUUUUUGUUUAAUCAUUUAUAAUUGUUAUUACUAUUGGAGGGGAUGUUUUGAAUUUUGAAUUUUGA